AUGAUGAUGAUGAGGGUGUGUGCGGUGCUGCAGGACUGCGCUGAUCAGCUCACCGUGUUGGGAAACAUCAUAUCCGGGACUCACAGGGACACAAGAGCCGCCACUACAGUCAUCUCAGAGCACAUCAGCAUGGUCCUGCAGCAGAACAGAGCUGCUGAGCUUCACCUGAAGGAGGCUCGUGAAGGCCAGGCUGAGGGCAGCGGUGAGUCUCAGGCUGUACAUGAGGCUGUACAUGAGCUCCACAGGACACAGAGGGAACUGGAGCACAUGCUGAUGGACAGUCCGAUCUCAUCUGAUUACAUCACCAAGGUGCAGAGUGACCGGAGGUUUGCGGCUCGGCUGAUCUGCGAACUGCUGACAGAGCUGAAGGAGGAAGGAACCUUCUCCAGCCUGAUCCACACCGUGGACGAACAGAUGAGGACCAAAGCUCAGCUGCAGGAUAUAAUCCACAGUGAAGCAGAGGAUCGUCUCAGGAUCAAAACCCUGCAGAAACAGCUACUGGACAUCAACAGAGAAACAAAGCUCCAGAUUCAGGAGAGCGACAAAAUCGUGGCUCACCUCGAAGAUCAGCUGCAGGAGAAGAAAGUGAAGAAAAACCUGAAGGAGAAGUACAUGAGCAACAGCACGCAGCUACUCGUCUAUCAGGGACAGAAACUGAACAGCCACAUCGAGGGGCAGCUGGCAGCUCAGAUAGAGAUGCUGAAGACUAAGAUGAUAGACGAGGAAAAGGCCAACAAAGAGCUGGAGGUUUUCCUUAAAAACACUCAGGCGAGUCUGGAGAAACAGCUGGAUUACUGGAUGGAGCGCUACGAUAACGACACGGAGGACAAACAGCGAGAGCUGACCACUGUAAAGACCAACAAGUCCAACAACCUGGCACAGUUACAGGACCUGGCUAAGAAGUACCAAGACUGCGAGCAGGUGAUUAUCGAGGACAGACAGGAGAAGGAGGAGCAGCGCAAACAGCUGGAGAGAGAACAGCUGCAGAGGAAAGCGGCUAUAAAGAUCCAGUCGUGGUGGAGAGGAACGCUGGUCAGAAAAUGUCUCGGCCCCUUUAAAAAGCCCAAGAAACCCAAACAGAAAAAGGACAAAAAAGGGAAGAAAAAGUGAAGCGAAAAUAAAAGGGGAAAAUAAACCAGACACGUAGCAGAAAUGGGAACUUUAUUACUUCAUUUUAUAAUAAAUCCAAAUGUUCAGAAAAUACUUUUAAUAAUAACUAAAUUUCAUGACAUUACAGUAAAAGAUUUAA